AUGCCCGUCCGAGCUAACAACUUCGCGCAGCCUGUUUCCGGACUUUCCGUCAACCCGGAGUGCGUCUCUACCUUCAAUGAGCUGAAACUCGGCCGCGGCGGUCCGAAAUACAUUAUCUACAAGAUCUCCGAUGACCAGAAAGAAAUUGUGGUAGAUGAGAUCGGCAAAGAACCUGACUACGACGCAUUCAGAGAAAAGCUCAUCUCGAAAAAGGAGAAGAGUGGCAAAGACAGGCCUUCAUAUGCCAUCUACGAUGUAGAGUUCGAACUUGAGGGCGGUGAAGGCAAGAGGUCCAAGAUUGCGUUCAUCACCUACAUCAACCAAGACAACACAGGUGUCAAGUCGCGCAUGGUUUAUGCUAGCUCCCGCGAGACCUUGAAGAAUUCACUUAACGGCAUCGCCAUGAACUGGCAGGCGAACGACCCGGGCGAGUUGGAAUGGGCCGACCUACUCAAGGAGGCAAGCAAAGGCAAAGGCACAAUCUAG